GGCUACUGUGCCGAUUUGCGUGUUGAUUCAACAUUCCAACCACCGCCCUCUUCCUCAAAACUUAUAAUCAGCAGCGCUCAAAGAUCAACAAACCAUACUCUACAAAUAUAGUCCCCUAGGGUUUGCUACGGGCAUCGAAUUGGACAAAAUGGCGGCCGCUCAGAUUAUCUCCAAUUCUGGACACGAUGACAUGAUUCACGACGCUGGCCUGGACUACUAUGGCCGCAGAUUAGCCACUUGCUCGUCGGAUAAGACAAUAAAGAUAUUUGAGAUCGAAGGCGAGACGCAUCGCCUGGUGGAAACUCUAAAAGGACACGAAGGCGCAGUUUGGUGUAUCGCAUGGGCGCACCCUAAAUUUGGUACAAUUUUGGCCUCUUCAUCCUAUGAUGGAAAGGUCCUCAUCUGGCGCGAACAACAUCAAAACACAACAUCCCCUGUCGCUGUAAACACCUGGACAAAGGUCUUUGAUUUCUCCCUCCACACAGCCUCGGUGAAUAUGGUCUCCUGGGCUCCGCACGAGAGUGGAUGCCUUCUUGCUUGUGCUUCUUCCGACGGCCAUGUUAGUGUUCUUGAGUUCCAGGACAAUAGCUGGACUCAUCAGAUCUUUCAUGCUCAUGGAAUGGGCGUGAACUCUAUUAGCUGGGCCCCUGCGGCAUCUCCUGGUAGCCUGAUCAGUGCCAACCCUGGACCGGGUCAGCAGCGGAGGUUCGUCACCGGUGGAAGCGAUAAUCUGCUCAAAAUCUGGGAUUACAACCCGGAAACCAAGUCCUACAAUCUCUCUCAGACACUUGAAGGCCACUCCGAUUGGGUCCGAGACGUUGCUUGGUCGCCGAGCAUACUUUCCAAGUCCUACAUCGCGUCUGCCUCCCAAGAUAAAACUGUUCGCAUCUGGACCUCGGAUGCGUCGAAUCCUGGUCAGUGGGCCAGCCAGCAGCUCGAAUUUGACACUGUGCUCUGGAGGGUUAGUUGGAGCCCGAGCGGAAACAUCCUCGCUGUCAGUGGAGGAGAUAACAAGGUCAGUUUAUGGAAGGAAAAUCUCAAGGGACAAUGGGAGAAGGUGAAGGACAUUGAGGAGUGAUUUUCAUGUAACCCCUUCUUCUUCUUUGUUUUAUAAUAUGAACCUUUCCAAUAUUUUUAUUUCAUAACCUGCUAUGAUGGACAUAUUGGGCUUACUUAGGUGAUUCCCAAAAGAGUUAACAAGAUGUAUGUGUAUGUGUGAUCACAAAUUCCAAAAAAUGAACGGCCCUCUUUCUGUCGUGUCAAUCAUAUCAACCC